AUGGAAGUGAUGCUGGAGAAGUCACGAAUGGAUCAUCAGAAGAUCAUGCAGAUACAAAUGGAGAAUCAAGCUAAGAACCUUGCAGAAGCAAAAAAACUUGCGAAGCAAGAACAGAUACGAAUGGAGCAUGCGAAAAAGGAGAUGAUUGCACUGGUGGCUCCGCUGCGUCUCAACCCUCCGCCAGAUCCAGAUCCGCCGCACCCAGAUCCUCCCGACCCUCCCGAUCCUCCAGAUCUCGCCUCCUUCAAUUCUGCCGUCCUUGGUCCCCCUGCUACACCGUCUCGCCGCAUCCUUUCCUCGGUGAAUCUUCGUGUCCUCUUCGCCAUGACGGUUGCCGUUGCUGGCGAUCCUCUGUCUAAGUCGCCGGAGCUCUUCCUCGACGUCCCUCCACCGCCUGUUCUGCAGCUUCUCGCUCAGUCUCUAGGUCGUAGAGUUGUCUGUCUCAAGCUCAACUCCUUCCCUCUCCAGAUCCGUCAGUAUGAGGAUGUUACGCUCUUACCUCUGCUUGAGGUUGCUGUUCGAAAUCUCCAGCCAAUCUCAGUUCCAUCCUUUGUUCAUAUGGUAUGGUUAACUAGAGUUGUGAUGGACAUAGAUUUUGUUAGAAGCUUUCUGUGCUGUGAGCCUCUGAAGUGUGUCCCGUUUGUGGAAACUUCAAGCUCUCUUGGUGAUACUAACUUGUAUGCAGGAUGGUUUCUUUUCCAAGACUCUUCAGGCUCUUGCGAUAGCCACUUAUCUCCUAACGGGCGUUUAUUAGCUCCAGACUUAGCUGCUGGAAAGCUUGCCCUAUCAACUGCUUUUCUUGAAGCAGCAUUUGCUGGACUCAUAGCAUUGGAUGUGCUAUUCGACUCCCAAAGCCUCAACCUUCCUUUAAUCUCUAAAGAUGUUGUUAACUAUCUUUAUGAAAUUAGAAAUACAUGGUCUACGCAAGGGAUCUUAGCAUCGCAUGGUCGGACAACAGCCAGUACUGGUCAUGGGUACCUCUCCGGGGUGAAUGGAACGUUCAACACGAGUGAACUGACACCAGGGACAAAGUACGAGGUCGUGUACGUGGUGAAGUUAGAAAAUACAGCUUCUGGAUGGGAGAUACCGGUGAACCUGAAGUUGACCGUGGCCAGAAGUGGAGGAAGGCCGCAAGAGCAUAGUGUGCGCUUGAAGGAGCAUAUAGGGAGAUUGUGGGUAGAUAUACCAGCCGGCGAGUUCAUAAUGUCCCCCGAGAUUGCCGGAGAGAUCAGUUUCUCCAUGUAUGAGAUCGCAUCUGGCUCUUGGAAAAGAGGGCUCUGUGUCAAAGGUGUUGAAAUUCGUCCCAAAAACUAA